AUGCUUGUUCGAACGUUAUUUCGCAAUGGAUCUGUUUCAGCCAAUCGUUUGACUACUAAUGGUAUUUUUACUAGAUCCCUAUCAUACACAAGAUAUCCGUUAAAUGAACACAGUAACACCAACUCUCCUCUUUUCGGCAGUCUGAACAAAGAUUUCGAUAUUGAAAAGGACCAUAGCCCAAAUAAGUUAUCUAACAGGCUGGCUACUGAGCAGCCAAGCGUUGAAAAAAAAUCUACAGAUGAAACUGAAGUUACAUUAGAAAGUGAUAGAGAAUUACAAAACUAUAUCAAGACGACUAGAGCCCCUGAGAAGUUAGCAACUGAUAUAUUAUUAUCUCCAUUAAAAAAAAGAAUCUAUGAAGAAAAUUGUAAGAUUAAUGGUGGUUUCUACAAGAAUAAUACCGUAGUUACGUUACCAGAGACAAAUUUAGAAUAUAAGUUGCAUCUUUCAAGGAAGGAAAUUGAAGUCUUAGAACCUUCAAUUUAUCUGAAAUCAUUCAGGAUUAAAUCUUCAAUGAAAAAGACCAAUAUAUUCCUGAGAUUAUUAGGUGGAUUAGAUGUGAAGAAAGCGUUGACUCAAUGUCAUUUUGCAAAGAAAAAGGUUGCUCGUGAUGUAGCUGGUCUACUGGAAAAAGGAAUGACGGAUAGCAAUAAGUUGGGUUUAAACCCUGAUGACUUAUAUAUAUCUCAAAUAUGGACAGGGAGUGAUGGGUCGUGGACUCAAAGAUUAGACUAUAAAGCAAGAGGUAGAGUUGGAAUUAUAAGGCAUAGGUAUGUUCAUGUGAGAUGCAUAUUGAAGACCAAAAGCAUAACGAAAAAAAGAUUAGAGUAUGAGGCUAGCUUAAAGAAACAAAAACGGAAAGCGUGGAUUCAACUAGAUGAUAAACCUGUACGCGGCGUAACCGGCGGCGUAUAUAAAUGGUAA